ACCAGUGACCUUUUCACCGGAAGCAGUCAGUGUAAACAGUGCGCACAUUUGGAGGUGAGAGCGAUAUUUUUCUACCCAGCAGAGAAAAUGUCUAAAAACACGAAAAUAAUGUUGGUGUUUGGAGGGUUUGUGACGGCCGUUGCUGCUGCGUUUUACCCCAUAUUUUUUUACCCUCUCACACACAAAGACGAGUACAGAGAAGUCCAAAAGGUGAACCGGGCAGGGAUCAACCAGGCAGAUGUGCAGCCUGCGGGUAUGAAGAUAUGGUCUGAUCCAUUCAAGGCUGCAAGCAAAUGAUGACCACAGUGACCCCUUCACUGAGACGCUGCUGCAGACUCUGAAUGGAGGACGGCUAGCUACACAGAAGCACAGAUACAAAACAAUGGCUGUUUUGUUUUUACCCUAAAUUCAACCUAGAGCCACCUGCUGGUCUCCUGUUGCCCACAUGAGGGCGCACCACUCCUGUGUGUUCCCGCUAAAGGCAGUGGACUGUGUAAUGUCUUGUUUGUGCAUCUGAGAUAUUUUGGAAAAACCAUUGUAUUUCCAAAAAAGCUUUGCUCUGGUAUGCAGCCUGUAGGAAAUUAUAAUAAAAUGCAGUGGUUUGUUUACCCAUCUCAUUCA